GAGUGUUCCGUAUUCCAAACCAACGUCAACAGCAGGCUAGACUUCGCCUACCUAGCACACAGCAUGAUGUCUUUCCUGAAGGUGCUCUUGCUGGCCCUGGCUCUCGUGGCUAGCGUCUUGGCGGGGACGACGCCGGAGGGGAAGGCGUUCCUCGCCGCCAACAAGGACAAGGAGGGCGUCGUCGAGACCGCCUCUGGCCUGCAGUACAAGGUCCUCAAGUCAGGGGAGGCAGGGGGCAAGACUCCCCUGGUCGGCACCAAGUGCUUGUGCCACUACAGGGGGACCACCAUCACCGGAGAGGAGUUCGACAGCUCCUUCAAGCGAGGAAAGCCGACCGCGUUUGCGCCCAACCAGGUGAUCAAGGGCUGGACAGAGGCUAUGCAAAUGAUGAAGGAGGGCGACCACUGGGAACUCUACAUUCCCUCCGAACUCGCCUACGGCGAUAGCAAGCGAUCGGCGCUCAUCACCCCGGGGGCCGUCCUUGUCUUCGAGCUCGAGCUCAUUGAAGUGCAAGGGCCUGCAGCUCCCGUGUCCGCCGAGCUAUAGGCGCAUCGACCAUGCGUCCAACACGGACACGCGGCAGUUAUGUAGAAUCUAGCAAGCGAGAGAGGCGUUAUAUUUUUGGCGUAUUAUCGUGUUUGCCUUGCAGUUGCCUAGACGGUUGAGAGCAACAAGAGGGGAACAGACAGCUACGUGGCUGGGAGCUUUUGGCCAGCCCCUUCCUGCGACCAGCUGCGCAAAGUUGUAAAUGACGAAAAGUAGUAGGUCGAAUCAUGUGGUCAAAGACAAACGUCAUCAAAGACAGUCGAAACGACUUCUCGGAGAUUUCACACACCUGUGUGUGGAAUCUGUGC